AUGUCUUCGAGACCUCGCCGCUCGGCGGCCCAGCGGGCAACGGAAGCAAUCACUGACAUGGCCGACAGAGAUAACGAGCGGACAAUGUCAUCCCGCUCACGCCGCUCCACAGAUGGCCGGGGGGUUGCUUCUGUAUCACGCCACGCACCCUCGUCAUCUCCCGCGAGCAGCCUCGCAGACUCGGAUCAACACAUGCAUCUCACGGUCAAGCUCCCUUCAAGCAAGCUGCGCCAGGCCACCACCGCCAACAAACGCGGUGCGAGCUCUAUAGCGGUAGGUCGCCGUGAGCAAUUCGUCGGCGACGAGAUAGUUGCCGCUAAGCGGAGCACCCGGGGCGGAAAGAAGAGCUAUGUUGUAGAGAGCGAGAGUGAUGACGAUGAGGAAGAGGAGGAAGGGGAGGACGAGAUCCAGGUCGGCAAUCUCGGCGGACAGGAUGACGACGACGAUGAGGACGAGGAGGAGGAAGAAGAAGAAGAAGAAGAAGACGAAGACGAGGAGAUGGAAGAUCUUGGUGAGGAGGAUGCUGAUGGCGAGGAAGUUGAUGAGGAAAAUAUGGAUGUUGACGCACAAGGCGACGACGAUGAUCUGGGUGACGAGGAUGCUGAGGGCGAUGUCGACAUGGAUGUUGCCCCGCUACCCCCGCCUCCUACUAUCAAAAUUUCCAAGCCCGCCAGAGGCGGCGCCCCUUCUGCUAAGGCCAGAAAUGCACGUCUCCCGAAGUCCUCUAUCAGGGCAUCUGGGGCAAGCGCGCAGAAAUCGUCCUCCAGGGUCAAUGAGGAUGAGGAUGAGGAACUGAGCGACUUGGAGAGCGAGCCUGAGGAAGAGAUCAAUGACACCGUCGAAGUAGGCGGUGAGAGACCGGCCGAAGACGAAGAUGAGGAUCCUGACGCGGAGGGCGAAGAGAUCGAGGUUGCUGACGAAGAUGCCGAGGAAGAUGCUGAGGCUGAUGAGGAGGAAGAGGAGGAGGCUCUCGAUAGCGACGGGGAGACCCCCGCUGGGGGCAGCCGUGCCGAGACGCCGGAUUUAUCUCGGAUGACGGCGCGGCAACGGGCUAAGCAUGGCGAUGUGGCGCAAGAGUACAUGAAGCUGUCUGAUGAGGUCCAAGCCAAGAAGGUUUUCACGGCUGAAGAGCUGUCCAUGAGGCGGGCCGAGAUGGCUCGUCGCAGGCGGAACUUGAGCGAGAAGCGCAACGAGGAGGUCAAGAUGGAAACCAUCAACAAGCUUCUCAAGAAGCAAGCUCCCAAGACCAACCGUCGUACUGCUCUCCUACCCGGCGACGAGACUCCCGACAAUGAGGGUCCGAAGGCGAAUCCAGCAUUCAUCCGCUGGGUUAGCACCAAGGAUGGUAUUCGGGUCGCUCUACCGGAGGAGAUGCUCGCCGGGCCCGCCGGACGAGUUUUCGGCGGGGGGCAUGGACUCGGCGGGGAGAAGAUGGUUGAGGAGGUAUCAUGA